CACAAGAUUUACGCUUCCUCAUAACGUCAGAUCUAGGUAGUUUGAGGUUAUUUGUGGAAGCGAUGCCAGGUUUCUACCCGGAAGUACUUGUAAACAUUGUAACGUUAAUUUGGCUUAUUGAAAAGACGAGCGUUGUUCUGUCUUCUUUGCCAUCUGAUAGCGUUAAUGUAUAGGCUAUACUUAUAUGUGUAUUUCGAGUAUAUGUGACAAAAUACAGACUGUCCUUCCUCAUCUCCUCCUUGGUGGUUAAAAACAAAUAGUGUCCGGAUAUAGACAAACUUGAUGUCAAAGGUGAACGAAUCAUGUGUAGCUAGCUAGAGAACGAUUGUUAGCAUCCAAGCUACAGAUAAAUCAAAUGAACAUUAAAUAUGGCCUGGUUGUUAAGUUAGCUACGAACCUGGAAUACAGUUUCCUUGAAAGAGAACAAGCGGACAUAAUACAGCAUGAAAUUCCUGAGCAGCAUUCUCACGGGAUUCACGUCACAUUGAAGCUACGCUCGGAAUUCAGAAUUCAAUGUAUUUUCUCCUUCCCUGUAAAACAUUUCUUCGUCCGCAUUGUAAACAUGAAACGGCUUACUGUGGAACUUUUAACAGACUUUAACGAUUUUACCGGAGGUAAAGAUUUAAGUGACUUUUUAAAACGAUGUUAUUCAGAUGUUACAAGUAAGAACGAACUGUUCGACAUUCGCCUUAGUCCAGAUGGACAUCACAUACAUGCUAUUCGCCGUAAAGCUAAGACUGAACUUAUAACUUUUGACAAAUGUCGAAGAACUCGUGUAAUACAAGACAAAACACAUCUAGAUUCAGGCUUGACGAGGACAGUGCCCCUUUCUGAUCUUAUCUAUUUGGAAUGUGGCAGCAGGGACGGUGAUUCAGCUGUUCUGGCGGUGGUAUUCGAGAAUGGAAAAACGGAGUUCUGGAAGUACUCCGAGCGAAAAGGAGGCUGGAAUUUGCUACAGACUUCGGAUUUGUGUAAAAGCCCAAGAGCAAAAAUCUUCUCCGUUUGCGCAAGCGCCACUUGCAUUAUCUGGUGCGAAGAGAGAGACCCCUCCAAGAGCUCUUCAGCUCUCAACGCUACUGGCAGUAAAUUCAGGUACUGUAUCUGCAAACGAAAUUACGAGAUAGGGGAUGUAUGUGUUCGUUUAGGAGGAGCUAAAGUCUUAUUGCACAGCAACCCCUGUUAUAGAGUUAUUACCUCAGGAGACAAUGCUUAUCUGCUGCCGGAGGUUAAGGAGAAUUCUCUUGCUGGUGGCAUUACCAAGGUCUUUCUCACAUGGUCCCUGCAGUACGGCACAGUAGCUGUCAAUAGUGCCUGCCAGGGGGCCCUUAUGAGGAAACACAAGCUGACUAGCAAGGACUCUGAUUUCAAGGUACUGAUAUCAGAGUGUAUGGGUGCACGGUCAACUAUUAGCCCCGUGGAAAUAUGCGCCUGUUCCCCUGCGGAACAUGGCGGCCUGCUGCUCCUCCUCAGCUCUGGCUGGGUCAGCGUGCUGCAGAAUGACGGAGUUUUGCGGCAGGUCUACAAGCUGGCUGACAACUGCCUGCCGAGCUGUGGUGCUGACAGCAGCAUAAGCAUCCACGGGGAUGUGCUGGCCCUGACACUCAAAAGCACCCUCUAUCUUAUCGACGUCCGGUGCGGCUUGGAGCUAGAAAAAAUAUCCUUGAAAACAAGGGGGGUCCUCUUUGACAGCUGCCUGGAGAGCUGCACCAUUCACCUUCUGUGUGAAUCUGGGCUGUUUGUGAUUAGACACAGGGACUUGGAGUCUGGUCAAAAACUUGUGGGUCAUUCCGAAUGUCUCAGACUGGGCUCAGUCCUGGUGGAGGCUGUGUUUGAAGAGGCUUGCAGGUACUACCAGCAGAGGAGUCUGAGUAGCACCCAGCUUACUGUGGAGAAGCUAAAAAGCUGCGAGCUGUUCCAAGCCCCCAUUGCCCUCUCCUCCAUCCUCAGAGACUACCUGAGCAGCAAAAAGACCGGCAACAACCCAGCACUGGAAGCCGGGAGCUACUCUAAGCUGCGGUUGUUGCUGGAAACCAAGCUGCAGAGUCUAGUGGCUCUAGAGGACUUGAAGAUGGCAGUGGUGGGCUCCUCAGACAGGGACCUGGAGGGCCACUGUGAGACCCUAGUACAGAAGGAGGUGAGCAGGCUGCUGAGCUCUGAGAUGGACAGGCAGAACAUGCUCUAUCUGAAUCGCAUCUUCAGCACGUUCCCGUCACAGGCCUGGCAGGCACUGCAGUCUGUCUUCCAGCUUCGUUGCAAGGGGGAUGGAUCCCUGUCAGCUGAGGCCCCUUCUGAGGUGUGGAAGACAGCCCUGAGCCCCACCCAUUACCCUGCCCAGGCUGCCAACCUCCACCCCCAGCCAAGCGAUCCCGCUGCCAACGCAGCCGUGCCCGUCUUUGAGCUCCUCUGCCGCUCCUUUUUCCGCUUCCGGCCCUGCUGGCUACCCCGCUUCGUGGAGCUGGCACAGCAGCAGGCCAGCUCCUGCUCUUCUUCUUCCUGGAGCUGUUUGGUAGAGGAGACCCCAGGGAGCGCACCUCUGUAUAAGCGGGCUCUCUCUGUGCUCCCCGGGAACGGGGAGUUUUGGGACCUGGAGGUGGAGCUGCUACUCUGCAGUCGGAGGCCCAAUGCGGUCAUGCAGGCCCUGUGGAUCCUGAUUCGCCGGCAGCAGUGGGGGCGCGUCACCCAGGUGGCCCAAAGCUUCAGCCGGCAGAGCCCUCUGCUCAACAAGGAGAUCUUCACAGCCCUGCUGUGUGAGGUGACACAGCACCAGGACUUGGACCCCAAUCUAGAUCUGCUUUGGGCUCUGUGCCCUGAAGACCUGACAAUGGUCAGCAUCCUCGAUAUAGUGCUGAAGAACCUUCCAGCUUCCGUGCAGGGCGGGGCACCCUACCCGGCCCAGAGCACGCAGCUCACCAUAGGCUUCCUCAAACCCCUGCUGCGCAAAGUGCUCCAGAGAGAGACCAGGCCCAGCUGGAGGUAUGUGGACAUCCUCCAGUCUCCGUAUUGCCCUCCCCCCACUCCCCCCCGUGAGGCCAAAGGGCUGCCCAGGGCCCUGACGGAUCGUGCCAUGGACCUCCAUGACCACAUACAGAACACUAUGUCCUCUGGGGCAAGUGUGAUGCCUCAGCCCCCUCACCUCUAAACCCCUCCACUGGUGCCACUAGCUAUCUGGAUGACUCCUCUCUCCCUUUUUUGUGAGGGAGGGUCAUUACUGAGCAUUUAAACCUCUGCCCCACCUUUGCAAAGGAAGACAAAGGACUUUCCAUUCCAAAGUUAAAAAAAUCUGUGCAAAGUCUUGUAUUGUCAGAGCCCAUCACAGUGAAUAUUACUUUUGAUGAUUUAUUUUGAGAAAUUUUUUUUUUGAGGGGGGGGGGUAGAAGGUUCUCACUUAAGAGUAGAUAUUCUUAAUUUGUACAUUUUUAAAAUAGAAGUGUGGCUUUACAAGAAAUGUCUAUAUUCACUUACACCUUAGGGAUACCUGAAGCUGGCUUUUCUGGUUGAUUGCUUGUCAUUAUUGCUUCACAGUCCAGACAGACUGUAUUUCUUCAGUCUGCACCUCUCUUUUUUACGACAAAACACACAUCAUACCUGUUUUUUUGUAAUAGAUGUGCAGCACUUAACAUAGAUUGUGGUAUCAUAAUUGUAGGGUUAAAAAAAAGACUCAUAAGACAAUCUUUGUACCUCGAUGGGGUGCCAGUUUUAUAAAAAUGGCAGUGUUUAACUUUUUCUAAUGGCAGGGUCACUCUAUGAGAAGUCAUGCAAUUCCACACUUAAAUUUAGGGCGAUUUCACUGCUGUUAAACUCAGAAAAGGGUCAUUUUUGGCCUGAGGGCAAAAUGAGGGUUAAUUGACACUUGCAUAACUGCAUUCAGUGGCAUACAUUUGUGUAGGUAUUUAUGUUGCGUUUUUGAAAGAGCUUGUUUUGUGUGUGCUUGCGUUACAGAGAAAGUGCUUUGACAGUUUUUCUCUAGGUUAACCUUGAAAAAAGGAGGACCAUGUUUAUUGCAGAAAUUUACAGAAUCGUUGCUUAGCGGCUACUGCCUUUUCAUGGACUCAAUGGAUAUCUCUUUUUGUAUCAUUAUUUUUACACCUGUGUCUAUAGAUGUAUAUUUAUGUGUUAUUUAAUGACAACUGGUGAGAAUAAAAAAAUGUAGAGAACAUAAAACUAGAAUUUUUAAACACCUCAUAAGUGUAUAUAAAGCGUACAUUUGA